AUGGGCGACAGACCCACUGACAAAAAGCUCGGUCGGAAAUUGACAUUUUCCUCUUGUGAAGAAGAAAGUGGGAACCAAGGGCAGAUGGUAACACCAGAGAGUGAGGAGACCCAGGGCCGAACCCCAGAGAAAGAGGAGGCUGUGGACUUAGGGGAUCCCAGGACUCCCCCCCGGGACAUGCCCACGCGUGACACCUCUGGGGAGAGCCACCGAGAAAGUCCAGACUCCAGGAUUCCGAGUCUGAGGUCGGAACCCUCCAAAUGUCCUGCAACACCAGCUCGACCUGACGGGAGAAGCGAGCCCCGGGGCUGCCCCGCGACGCCCAUGCCCAAAAAACUUACACUGCAGCAGAGACCAGGAGGGCGACAGCAGGGGAUUGGGAAGAGCUGUGCCGCUAGUUCUGUGAUAAAUGCUUCGAGAGUGGGCUUGUUGAAAUCCCCAGCGAUUUCUUCCGCGGGGAAGCUUGGUUCCCGAAGCUCCGAGCAUUUGAGGAGCACACGGGCCCUGCUCACGGAUGAGAUGACCUCACUGGCACUGGUCAAUGCUAACCCAUUCACCCCAGAGUCCUACAGAAAAUUAAUCCAUCAAUCCAAAGGCAAGAGGAAAAUCCGAGGAGAUCUUGAGGGGACCAGUGCAGAGGAAGGCAAAGAAGAGCAAGGACAACCUGCCAAGAAAAGUCUUCUAGAAGAAAUUAACAUGGCUUCCCGAUAUGAAAAGGAAUUCUUGGAGGUAGAAAAACUUGGGGUUGGAGCAUUUGGUACAGUCUACAAGUGCAUCAAGAGGCUGGAUGGAUGUGUUUAUGCUAUCAAGCACUUGACCAGCACCUUUUCAGGACUAUCAGAUGAGAAUCUGGAUUUGCAUGAAGUUUAUGCCCACGCCGUGCUGGGACAUCACCCUCACGUGGUACGUUACUAUUCUUCAUGGACAGAAGAUGAUAAUGUGUUUAUCCAGAAUGAAUAUUGCAAUGGUGGGAGCUUGCAAGCUGCUAUCAUUAAAAACGCUAAGUCGGGCCAUCAUUUCCAAGAACCCAAACUCAAGAACAUGCUUCUUCAGAUUUCCUUGGGGCUCAAGUACAUCCACAAUGCUGGAAUGGUGCACAUGGACAUCAAACCUAGUAACAUUUUCAUUUGUCAUAAUAAUCAAAGUGAUGCUCCUGAGGGCCCAGAAGAGGUUGAAAAUGAGGCCGAUUGGUUUUUCUCUGCCAGUGUGGUAUAUAAAAUUGGUGAUCUGGGUAAUGUGACAUCCAUAAGCAAACCAAAAGUGGAAGAAGGAGAUAUCUGCUUCCUGGCUAAUGAGAUUUUACAAGAGGAUUAUCGCCACCUCUCCAAAGCAGACAUCUUUUCCUUGGGAUUGACCAUAGCAGUCGCUGCCGGAGCGCAGUCACUCCCUGCCAGUGGUGCAGAAUGGCAUCACAUCCGCAGGGGCAACCUUCCCAGCAUCCCUCAGGAGCUCUCAGAAGACUUCUACCAGUUGCUCAAGAACAUGAUCCACCCUGACCCGGAGGAGAGACCUUCUGCGGCAGCUCUGGCCAGAAGCCACAUUCUCCGGCCCUCCCUGGGGACCACAGAGAAGCUCCAGCAGCAGCUGGACUUGGAAAAGUCCAAGAUAGCAACCUUGGAAAGGAAACUGAGGGAAAUCCAGCAAGCCCAGGCCCCCAAAGUAGACACCCCCCAGGGUCACCCCCGGCUCUCUGAGGUGCACCCAGAAUCAGGGAGCACAAAGCGACUGGUUGGGGGAAAGAGUAGGAAGUUUUCAAGCUUUACCUGUGGGGAAUCUUCUCCAUAG